AUGUUCGGAAGAAAAAAGAAGGUACCCGAGAUCCAAAAGGAUUUGGGAAAUGUUGUCUACGUGCCAUUUUCGGAACCGCCUGCUCGUCUCUCACCACCUUCCGAGAAGCCUCUAACUCCUGAGCAAUUUGAAAAGUUCCAGAAGAUCCUAGGGCAUUUCCAGGAUCCAGACUUGAAAAUUUCGAACACUGAGAAGCACGGUGACCAAGUCGGUCCCUUGACCUAUGACGAGAAAGCCUGGUUGACAAGAGAGUGUUUUUUGAGAUAUCUGCGUGCUACCAAAUGGAACACAGCUGACUGUGUUACGCGUAUCGAAUUGUCGCUGUCGUGGAGACGGGAAUUCGGAAUUUCCUCCCAAACAGAUGAGUCCAAAAAUAUCGUCACUGCUGACUUGGUAUCUGAGGAGAAUCUCACGGGCAAAGAGGUCAUUUUGGGUUAUGACAAUGAGUGUAGACCAUGCCUCUAUCUCAAGCCUGGAAGACAGAACACGAAGACUUCCUUCCGUCAGGUCCAGCAAUUGGUGUUCUACUUAGAGAGGGUGAUCGAUUUCAUGCCUUCUGGACAAGAUUCGUUAGCUUUGUUGAUCGAUUUCCAGUCGUACGGCCCAAAGACGCAUCCUGAACUGGCUUCGCAAUUGCAGUCCUCCGCGAUACCGCCGGUGAGUGUUGGCAGACAGGUUUUGCACAUUUUACAGACCCAUUAUCCAGAGAGACUGGGUCGUGCUCUGUUGACCAAUAUCCCCUGGCUCGCGUGGACCUUUUUGAAGGUUAUUCAUCCUUUUAUCGACCCUCUGACCAGGGAGAAAUUGGUGUUUGACGAGCCCUUUACCAUGUACUGCCCUCACGAGCAGCUGGACCAAGAGUUCGACGGUGAGGUUAAUUUCCAGUACCGUCACGAUAUUUACUGGCCUGAAAUGGUUAGGAUUGCUCGUGAGAAGAGAAAACACUACAUGGAUAGGUUUGAGAAGUUUGGCGGUGAGGUCGGUCUAAGUGAGUUCGAUCUCCGUGGAUUCCACGAAGAGCUCGUCAUUCCAGUUGGGACCAAUCUGAAAGAGGAUCUCGUUGUACGCUUGACAAAUACCUCCGAAUCCAAAGGCUCCAAAUAG